AUUAAGAUGUUGAUUUGGGUUAAUAUGGAAAAGCCUCCUCAUCAUUCCCUAUGCCGAACCGCCCGCCCUACCCGGUCUGCUCUCCUUCUCUCUCUCUGAUCUGAAAUUCUAGGGUUCUGAGCCCGAAUUAGAUCGGUACCGAAUUGGAAUUAGGGUUUUUGUGUUCCGAUAGGGCAGACGAGGGUUUGGAGGCGAUUUGAGGCUUUUCGCUUAUCCCACGACGGUAGCCGGUGAUUCUGCAACAUCUACAGCUACUUCCUUCUUCAAGCUAUUCACUUGAAAUCUAUUCACUAUCAUGUUCAUUUCAAGAGUUUUUGGGAGGACCCUCUUUGCUGCAGCCAAAUCAGAAGCUUCUGCUGCAGCUGCCGCAGCUGCUUCUACAGCUAGAACAAGCUACAACCCUCUUGAGGAGUUCUUUGAGGUAGAUAGAAGCGCAGAAGAUGACAAACCUGUUGUCUAUGGUCGAAGUUGGAAGGCUUCUGAGCUCCGUCUUAAAUCUUGGGACGAUCUUAACAAGCUGUGGUAUGUUCUGUUGAAGGAAAAAAACAUGUUGAUGACUCAACGCCAGAUGCUUAAUGCACAGAACCUACGGUUUCCUAAUCCAGAGCGUAUCCCCAAGGUCAGGAAGUCUAUGUGUCGGAUCAAGCAUGUACUUACUGAAAGAGCUAUCGAGGAACCAGAUCCAAGGAGGUCUGCCGAGAUGAAGAGGAUGGUAAAUGCUCUAUGAUGACAUCCAAUUUGCUUAUCUUUCGGCGUUUGUGCUGAUCAGGUUUUGUCGGUUGACUUUAAUGGUGCCUUUUGUUAGUCUUCUUGUCAGUGCAUAGGGUUUUGGCUAGAACUUGUAUCCAUGAACAACUAGCUUCUAGUGAUUUUAUCGAUAGCUUCAUAUAUAUUUCAGGGCAAUCAGUAAUGUAAGCAAUGUUUUGAUUCAUUACAACAAACCCUAGCAACAUAUAGCCCACAGUGGUGUUGGGAAUAAUUGGUAGACCUUCAUAUCUUGUGGGCUGUAUGACUAUUCUCUUUCCAAGUUUUGCUAUUACUGCCAGAGUACUUCA